AUGAGUCCCAGCCAGAGGCAAGCACGUGGCGACACUGCCAGAGGCUCCACAGCCCACCGUGGUUCCUCCACCGCCCUCUUGGCGGCCGUCGUUGUUCUUCUCUCUGCAGCUGGGUUUCUGGGUUCGGCUCCGGCUGCCGCCGCAGCAGCAACACGGCGACGGCAUCACCCGCGGGCAAUGGUAACAAAAUACAUAUACGUUCCUCCCUUUCUCUGUCUCUCUCCCUCUCUCUCUCUAUCUCUAUGUGAAUUAUUUGCCUUCUCGUCUGGUGCUCAUAAACUAGAACUCAACACAGAAGACCCUACAAAUUUCCUUUCCUUCAUAUUUACAGAAAAAAAGGGAUGUUUAUCCCUCUUCGGGUUUUUAAUAUAUUGAACGCAAUCUGAGAAGCUAGAUUUGGGUUUUCUUGAGUCUAUGUCUCUUGCUAUUUAAUGAUGAUAGGCGAUUCUCUUAUUUUCGGAGGUGGGCCUGUGAAUUUUCAAGGCAAGUAGAGCAGACUCCUGGUUUUUGACGAGUUCUUGAUGGAAGUACUCGAACCAUUGGGUUUCUAGACGAGAAAGAUUUGCAACGUGUGGUCUAGUGGACACCUGUGGUAAUCUGUGUGCUGCUUUCUCUCUUUUCUGCGGGUGAGAUGGAGAUUGGGUGAAAUGAGACACAUGCUGAUCAGUUUUUCCAUUGAAGACCUUUGGGAAAAUGCCGAUGGAGCAUGCUGUGUAUGAUAUGACAUUUAACUCUUAUAAUAUCACUUACACCUGUCUAAUUUUAUAGCUUGGAACUAAUGAUUUCUCAUAAAAUAAAUACCAACAUUUUCCUAAUAUCUUGACUUGUACGUACAGUCUAGUCAGUUUAGGAACCCGUGGGGACUCUCCUGUACAAGAGCACAUCUUAGUUCUCACAUGCAUGUGAGAGGAUACCAUAAGAUUUGGAAGGUAGAGAGAGAAGCUACCAGUUUUUUCUGUGUUUUAUAUUGACAUUCGUUUUGGACUGAGUAGCUGACUAUUUUUUUUUCAGGGUAGAGUGGAGGCUCAUCUUGUCAAACCCGCCAUUGGAGAAGAGGAGGACGACAAGGCAUUGCACCUCAAAGAUGCACUGGAUUUCCUCGAUGCCAAUAUUUUCAACAUCUCCAAGGCAUUGCAUCUCCUCAUCCGUCUGUCUUAUUUUCUUCUUCUACUUGGGUAGUUUUGGCAAUGAUAGAAUAACACUACACUAAUCAAACCACAUAGGGAAACUGUACUAGGGGGAAUGUGCUUAAAAGAGUUCGAGGUGGUCAAUUAAGUCCAUGGUUCAUUAUCUGAUGAGAUGAUUAGAUUUUGGUUGAAAUUCAUGGGUGUGCUCCAGUCACCAUGAUCAGUGAUCUGUUUUUAACAGAAGUAAUCGGUAAAGUUAAAAUGUUGGAUAAAGUAUGUGUUACUUCUCUGAAGGUGCGGGAAAUGGCCAAAGGUGCGAAGGAACUCAACGUACCAGCAUUCAGAGCAGAUCGUAAGCUGGUUGCUUCCGAAGAUGGAGGGCUGCAUAACCCAUCAGUUUUGGUCUUUAACUCAGACUGGAGCAAGAGCAAAGUUCAGAGGAAGACCGGAGGGUUUAAUUAUCCUCUUGCUGCUGGGGCAAAGAGGCCCAUAAAUGAAGAAGACAUUGCGUUUAUGAGCGUGAGUCCAGAUGGGUCCUAUUUUUGUCCAUGGAUACUGUUUCACUCUUCUUGAUCAUAUGAGCGGAGAAGAUCUAUCAGGUCUUGGAGCUUGGGGAGCUGAUCAGGACAAAACAGAUCACAUCUCAGGAGCUUGCACGCAUCUUUCUGACGAGAUUGAAGAGGUGGGCCGCAUCAUGCAAUCAUCUACAAUCAUCAUGGUUUCUCUCUCUCUCCAACAGUGCUUCCAUGUCCUCAAACCAGGUAUAAUCGUGUUCUCGAAGCAGUGGUCACCUUCACAGAGGAUCUGGCCCACAGUCAAGCGAAGAAGGCAGAUGAGUUGCUGGAGAGAGGGACAUAUUUAGGUAAUCCCUUGCUGAGAGUGUCUUACAUUGCAUUCUAUUGGCCAUUGAAAACCAUAACUUUUAAUAUGAAGGAAAUCAUGUUUUGCAGGACCUCUCCAUGGAAUACCAUACGGACUGAAGGAUAUUAUAUCAGUCCCCAUGUAUAAGACAACUUGGGGUUCGGUGACCUUCAAGGAUCAAGUCCUGGACAUGGAAGCAUGGGUGUACAAGAGGUGGUCAAUGGAGGCGUAUUACCUUCUAAGAAUGACAACCUUUGCCUGUUCUUGUCCUCUUUUAUUCCUCAUCUUUCCUUCUGGUGAACAACAGGUUAAGGUCAGCGGGAGCAGUUCUUGUAGGGAAGUUGGUUUCUGGAUCGCUGGCCUAUGAUGACAUAUGGUUUGGCGGAAGGACUAGAAACCCUUGGAAUAUCAAAGAAUUUUCCACUGGCUCGUCAGCUGGGCCUGCAGCCUGCACCUCUGCAGGUCUCUUACUUGAGCAUGCUUUCAAGAGGAAAUAAAAAGAAACACACACACACACACACACACACACAAACACAAAUAUAUGUAUAUAUAUAUAUGUUCAUGUUCACAUGUCUAUAUACUUAUAUAUAUAUUUAAAGUCCUUAAAAAUUACAUUUUGCAGGGAUGGUUCCAUUUGCAAUUGGCUCAGAAACAGCAGGCUCGUUGACAUAUCCUGCUGCACGUUGUGGGGUAACAACGCUGCGGCCAACUUUUGGGACUGUUGGUCGAACUGGUGUUAUGAGCAUCUCCGAGAGCUUGGUGGAUAUCUCUAUCGAUUCAAUUUCUCUUCAUGGUUCUUUGUGAUUUUAGGGUCAUUGGGCCAUUUUCAUAAUCAUAGAUUAUUAGAGCUAUUGGGACAUCCAUCUCAAAAGUAAUUGGCAAUGAGUGGACAAGGCCGAUCUAUAUAAGCAUAGAUUUAUAUCUAUAGUAUCCAAUGCAGGACUCUCAAGGCAUGACCAUUUGGCUGACAGGAUAAGCUUGGUCCCGUCUGCAGAACUGCUGCAGACUGUGCAGUCAUAAUUGAUCUCAUAAGGGGUCGUGAUCCGGAUGACCCUUCAUCGAGAGAGGUUUCCCUCGAGGACCCAUUUCACGUUGACAUCACAAAACUUAGAGUCGGGUAUCUCAAGGAUGCAGAGAUGGAGGUGAAAGCAGUUGCUGACUGUAAUCUUAUUUUCAAUUUUUGUUAUUUAAAAUUUCCUGUUCUCUUCUUGCCAGGUUGUUCAUGUGCUUGCUUCUAAGGGAGUCAAAGUUUUCCCCUUUGAGCUAAGCUACAGUGUGGAAUCCGUUCAGUCAAUUCUUAAUUUCACCAUGGAUGUCGACAUGCUGGCUCACUUUGACAAUUGGCAACGAUCGGGGCACGAGGAUGACUAUGAGGCCCAAGACCAGUGGCCCGUGGAGCUACGACGGGCCCGGCUGGUUCCUGCUGUGGAUUAUAUUCAGGUGUGAAAUGCUUCUCCAACCUUUCUUCCAAAAUGGUGCUAAUGACGACAUAACCACCUACCUAUUGGACAUCCGUCAAAAGGCAUAAUUGCCAUUUUUCACUCAUCUCAAGUUUUACAGAGGCAUAACUGCCAGAAGGGGCAUGAAUGAGCUUGAUGCACGUUUUAAAGGUGUCUUUUUUUUUGUAGUGUGGAGGGACGGAACAUGGAAUAACUAGAUGUAUAUGUUUAUACAAAUCAAAAUGUUUUGGCCGUCUUCUUCUACAGGCUCAGAGGGCGCGGGGGAAACUGAUUCACGAAGUCCGUAAGAGCUUCACAGUGGAUGCCUUCAUUGGGAAUGCCACCGACUGGGAGAAAGUCUGCAUGGGGAAUCUUGUAGGUAUGCCCGUUGUUGUUGUUCCUACAGGCUUCAAGGAGAUUGAUGACCCCCCAAAGGCCGGGACCCGACGAAGAACCACAGUGACAAGCGGAAUAUAUGCUCCUCCAGAUCAUGAUCACAUUGUAAGCCCCAACAGAAUAUUUCACCAUGCAGAGCUUAAGAAGCCAAGUGUUAUCCAUAGAUUCAUACUAUUUUCUUUCAACCAAUAAGAAGAGUGUCGACUUGUUGACUCUAUCAUUACCAUGAAGUUACUGGAGCAGGCUCUGAAAAUCGCCCUUCUCUCUGUUAUCAGGCUCUAGCCUUGGCCAUGGCUUAUCAAUCUGCGACUGACCACCACAAACAGCGCCCACCGAUCGAUGAGGAACUGGACGAAUUUCUUGUUUGCCAUUCAUGUCCCAACUGA